AGCCAUCCAUCCCGCAAGGAUUUUUCCUUAGGGUAGUGCUCAAGGGUUUUCGGACCUGGCGAUGCUGGGGCUUGCGCUGUUCCUGAAGUUCUUGGGAGACGCGCAAGCCGCACUGUGCCCUGAGCUCUGCCAAGCCCUUGAUGGCAACUACUAUCCUUGCCGCUACCACCGCAACAAUUGCGUCGUGAACGUUUCAGAAAGCGGCGCGAAGGAGGAGCUCCAUGUGGUGAUGCUCGGGCCCUACAGCGGCCCGCAGGGCAACGGCAUGUCGACCUUCGAGCCGAUGCUACGGCUGGCCGCGCAGCAGAUCGAAGACAGCAGUACCUUCCUGCCUGGCUACCGCUUAAAGAUCCACUUGGUGGAGAGUGCUUGCAACGCGAAGGUCGCGACCCGGGCAAUCAUCGAGUCGCUCAGCACGCCACCUGCGAAGCACAUCGUGGUGGGUCCCGCGUGUAGCGACGCAGCACAAGCAGUGAAUGACGCUGUGCAGUACUUCAACGUCCUCCAGAUUUCGCCAACGGCAAGAUCAGACGCGCUCAGCGAUCGCCAGCGUUACCCCUACUUUACCAGGAUGACUCCCUCCUUUCGCUUCAAUAUUGUUGCUCUCGUGCAACUGACCAAAGUUCUGAACUUCCAACGCGUGGGCAUCAUCUGUGGCUUCCGGGAGAUCAGCUUGUUUGCCUAUCAGUUUUUGAUGAGCCUCAUUCAGAUGGACCUUCAAGCAGGUGCCUACCCCUGGACGGUCUUGCUCCACAAGACGGUGUCUGAUGAGGCCAGCGCCGGUGCAGCACUACAGGAGAUGCAGGAUCGCGACGCCAAGAUCAACUUCAUGGCGCUGUAUGAGGACGAUGGGGCUAUGCUGCUUUGCCAAGCAUAUCGGCGGAACAUGGUGGCGCCUGAAUACGUUUGGCUCCUGGUCUCCGGCUGGUGGUACUCCGGCUUCAUGUCCUUCCUGGCCGGCAGUGAGAAGUGCCCUUGCACUGCCCAGGAGCUGCAAGUCGCUGCCCAUGCCAUGAUUGGGGCAGACGCUGCUGGCACGAUGGACACCAGCGACCUUCAUGGACUUUCCGGCCAACAACUUUCGGGCAUCGUGCGAGAGUACCUCGCAGAAUGCCGGAGCAGCGAUUUUGCGAAUGGCCUUGGCCCCUGCAGCCUGGAGAUGGCGGGCUACGUCUACGACGCCGUGUGGCACGCGGCGGCGCUGCUGGACGCCUUCCUGGCGAACCGCUCCGCGGUGGAGUUGGGCACCGCGGCGACGCAGGCGGCGCUCUACGAGAUGUCGCUGAAGAUGGACUACACGGGGCUCACAGGGCGCGUUCGUCAGUUCAAUGCCAUCGACCCUGUGACCUAUCCACCCUCUCAUGGUGAUCGUGAGGGCUAUCUCACGAUGCGGCAAUGGACCGGGCCCGUGAACGAUGCGCACAGGACGCUUUGCUUCUGGACUGCCGGGGUCUUCCAUUGGGAGGCUGACAUUGUGUGGAGCACAAAUGCCAACCACACGGUGGCUUGCAGCAGUGGCACCUGCGACAUGGCCAACGCCUUCUUACCAGCAGACCGUAGCAGCCAGUGCCCGGCCGGCUACGUGUGGAGCUUGCAGCUGGGAUGCGUCGCCUGCAGUCAAGGUACCUUUGAACAGGACGGCGUUUGCGAGAUGUGUGCCAUGGGUUCCUUUGGCAACCAGACGGGCCUGGACAGCUGCUUUGAGUGUGAGCCCGGCAGCUGCGGCAAGGCAGAGGGCGCGCGCUUCUGCAAGGACUGUGCACCUGGCUCUGCAGUUGCCAGCUUCGGUGCCACAGAGUGCAUUGCCUGCCCCAAAGGCCGGUACACACAGGAGGAAGGCCUCGGCCAGUGCCGUGAGUGUCCUUCCGGCCGCAGCACCAAUUUCGAGGGCGCCAACUCCGAGUCCGCGUGCAUUUGCACAGGUCACUUGUGGCAGGGCAGCUGCGUGCACUGCUCCGACGGCUACCGCUUCCAGCAGGGUUCCUGCGUGUGGUGCAUGGAGGGGCUGCACUGCGAGGAAGGGGAGCAGCCCAUCAUCCGCAAAGGUUUCUACGCGGACACGACGUCGCCUUUUGAGAUGUACAAGUGCCUCCCGGCCGACUAUUGCCCUGGUGGCUCCGCUGGAAAUUGCACGGGAGGGCGCGUGGGCCUGCCCUGCAGCGGGUGUGAGGAGGGGAAGAGCUGGGAUGGGCAAAGCUGCCAGCCAUGCUCCGGCCUCGGCUCUGGCGGCUGGUUCCUGGGCCUCGCCAUGGGCAUGGUCUGCCUCUUCCUGUCCUAUUACCUCCUGAACUCAACGGCCACGGCCAAAGCCAGCACCCUUCUGGCGACCACCUGUGUGUUGGCCAUGACCAUCACCAUGCUACAGAGUGUGGGCAUCGUGGGGCUGAUCAGUUUCCAGUGGCCCUCGGAGCUGCAGUGGAUCUUCAACCUCACGAGCUUCGUGCUCUUGGACCUGGACUCCAUGGGCUUUGAUUGUUUCAGCUCCAGACCCAGCACGCGCUAUGUGAUCAACUGCUUGGCUCUGCCCGCGGCCAUGCUGUGGAUCCUUCUCUGCGGCGUGCUAAGCCAGAUGCUGCCGCAUAGAUUCCGCUUCCAGCCCGCGAAGAUGCUCAGCACCAUGGGCCAGGUCUGUCAGGUGACCUUCACUAUUGUCAGCAAGAUUGCGCUGACGCCCAUGAUGUGCUACCGCCAUCCCAACGGCCAGAUGGGUUUGCUCAAGUACAACGGCAUUCUGUGCUUCGAGAGUGGCGAGCACGCGGUGAUGUUCGCCUUGGGUGUGGCCUUGCUUUGCCUGCUCUCAGCCUUCCUCGCGGCUUGUCUUCUGCUGGCCUGGCGCGCCCCACUCAUGGCCCAACGAUCCAAGGCGCACGUCCUGCAAUCCAUGCGCUUCCUCAUCGGGCGCUUUCGGGAAGACCACUGGUGGUUCGGGGCCGCUCUCCUACCCCGGGGCCUUUUGCUCUCACUGGCCAUUGCAUUGGCCACAGACCAUCCGUACAUCCAGAUGAUCCUGAUUGCGCUGGUUGUGUUGUGCUACCUCAUCAUUCAGCUGGUGACUUGGCCUUGGAAGUUGCCGGCCUUGAACUUUUUCGACGCUGCCAUUGGAGCCGCUCUGGUCAUGAUAAUGUUUAUUUUCGGCGCCUUUGCGCCAGCCGUCUCCACGGAGAUGAGGGACAACCUGACCAUGAUGGCCCUCGUCUUGGUUUGCUCCUUGCAAGUGGUGGUGCUUGCCAUGGUCAUCAUGACAUUCUGUGCCCUUCUCAACCGGCACGCUAUGGGCAGCGCGCAGGAGUCCAGGUUCAUGUCCCUGGGCACGCUGCCCAACACCCAGAACUUGGCGGACAAGCUGGGCUUGCUAAGCGCCCACAUCAUGGACAUCCCGGCAGAAGAACGAGGAGAUAUCCUGAAGCAGCUCUCCAUCUACGACCUUCGCAAGACACAGAGCGUGAUUUCGGCCCUGGGAGCGGAGCUGGGCUCCAGCGAGCUGAUGCUGUCGCGCAGGGUUUCCAUUUGCAAGACGUCCUCCUUCUCAUCCUUGCGGUCUCCAAAAAGCUCGCCGAAAUCCGGCGACGCAGAACCGAUUGACUCCUCGAGGCCAAACCUGCGAUGUCUUGCUGAGUUGAACACCGAGCACCAGGUUGUUGACUCAGAGUGGCUUUGAUACAGUGAGUCAGAAAUCAUAUCCUACUUUAUGAAGUAUGAUAGUAUGCGCUUAGCGUCCCUCAUGCUCCAAGCGGAUGAAGGAGGCGCUUGUGAGCGCAAAAUAGUUGGAAACUGUCCUGUUCGAGUCGGUUGAAAGGGUCAGGCUGGCACAGUCUUCCUGAUGUCAUGUGUUCAUGUUCUGAGGCAACAUGCAUAGUUCGACCGCUCAUUUGGCCCCACCCUGG